AUGGCACAGGCAAAGCCCUGGCUUUCGAGAGAAGGCUUCACAGCAGACGUGCUAGGAAACAUUAUCUCCGAAACUCUCCUAGACCCCUGGAAGAUGCUCCCCCUCCUCGUCCUAUCGAAAUACACAGCCAAAGGCCGUGACCUCAGCGCAACCCGCCCAAAAUUCCAAAAAGCCCUCCAAGUCUUAACAACCAUAUCCCUCCUCUCAACUCUACGAAUAUACCUCGACCACCGCAUUCUAAACAACAGCCAAAAAGACCCCUACAACUGGAACAAAGAAGUAAUAAUCCUAACAGGCGGCAGCGCAGGCAUAGGCCGCCAAAUCGCCCAACUUCUCGGAUCAAAAGAUAUAAAAGUCGCCAUCCUAGACAUAACCCCGCCAGACACAACCACCAACCCGCUCCCAAACAGCGUCCGCUUCUACCCAUGCGACAUAACAAACCCAACAACAAUCGCAACAACAGCAACGACAAUCCGCACAACCCUAGGCCGCCCCACAAUCCUAAUAAACAACGCCGGAAUCUGCGCCGCAAAAACAAUCCUCUCCACCACCCCCGAACAAACCCGUCACACGUUCGACGUCAACACUCUAUCCCACUACUAUCUCGCGCAGGAAUUCCUGCCGGAUAUGAUCAACAGCAACCACGGGAUGGUCGUGACAGUCGCGUCGCUGGCGGGGUACGCCGUGACACCGAAUAUGGUAGAUUACUCCGCUUCCAAGGCGGCGGCGAUUGCGUUCCAUGAGGGGCUUGCUGCGGAAUUGGUUACGCGGUAUCAGGCUCCAAGGGUGCGUACUGUGCUUGUUACGCAGGGGUUUACGAAGACGGCGUUGAUUAGGGAUCUCACGCCUGAGGAUACUUGGUUUAAUCCGUUGCUUGCUCCGGAGACGGUUGCUGAGCGGGUUGUUGGGCAGGUGCUUAAGGGGGAGAGUGGGCAUGUUCUUGUUCCGGGGUCUGCGGGCUGGGUUUCUAAGAGACUGAGGGGGAUGCCUGGGUGGUUUCAGCAUCUUUUAAGGUGUCGGUUGGAGAGGUUGAUGAGGGCUCAGUGA